AUGCUGGUUCUUGUUCUUGGUGAUCUUCAUAUUCCACAUCGUUGUGCCAGUUUACCGGCGAAAUUCAAAAAGUUGUUAGUUCCAGGUCGUAUUCACCAUAUACUUUGUACUGGCAAUCUUUGCACAAAGGAAACGUACGAUUACCUCAAGACACUGGCUAAUGACGUACACAUUGUUCGCGGAGAAUUUGAUGAAAAUUUGAGUUAUCCAGAGCAGAAGGUAGUAACAGUCGGACAAUUUCGAAUUGGAUUGUCACAUGGACAUCAGGUUGUGCCCCGUGGCGAUCCAGAAGCUCUAGCAUUGAUUCAACGGCAAUUAGAUGUAGAUAUAUUAAUAUCGGGUCACACAUAUAAGUUUGAAGCUUAUGAACAUGGAAAUAAAUUCUACAUCAAUCCCGGAUCUGCUACUGGUGCUUUUAAUCCUCUGGACAUGAAUGUAAUACCAUCUUUUGUACUUAUGGAUAUUCAAAGUACAACUGUUGUGACAUAUGUAUAUCAGCUUAUUGGCGAUGAAGUGAAAGUCGAGCGUAUUGAAUACAAGAAAAUUUAAUAUGGCUUAUCUUGGAUUGCAUCAUAGAGAACACUCCCAUCUGAUGUGCUAAGCACAGCCGAUAAGCACGUCAAUAUACUACAUUAAUUACUUGUAAAUGUGCGUUCGCAUGUACAUUCAUAAAUUAUACUAAUAUUAAAAAUAUAUAUAUCCAAAAAUGUGUACGGUUGUAUUCAUAUAGUAUGAGGAUCAUUCCCUAAUAUAAAGUAUGUUAAUUAUUUCCAAAAUGUGCAACAAUGUUGAAUAAGAAUUAAGAUAUUUUUAAAUUAAUACUGGAACAUUACCUGGUUUCAAAGAUCUGCGAUAUUUGCUCCGUUUUAUCGAAACAUACUCACCCAAAUCAAUUUUUUUCUCAAUAAAACGUUUGAAUAUGUUCAUGAUGCUGUAUAAAUUUGAAUUUAUUUAAUUACCAAUGCAUAAAAUUUAAUACAAUUAUAUCAAUUACGCAUAUUUUUCCGAUUACAUUACACUCGCUUUCAAGAUUACUAAAUACGCAUAUAAUUUGACUUGAAAACUCGUAAUAUUGCAGAAAUUGCUUUUAAUUGCAUUACUUAUUCAAUACUUGUAAUAAGACCUAUUAAUGAUUUUUAGAAAUUAAUGCAAAAAUAUCAAUAUUAUUUUUUUAAUGUGAUAAAAUAAAAACACAACUAUCAAUAUAUAUUUAGUAGUUUUAAUUUCAAAACAUACAGACGGGUAUAAUAUGCCCAAUUGGCACUAAACAAACUGUAAUCUUAAAAAAGUUUGUUUUGUGAUCUUUCGAUUAAAAUUUGUGUGUUCAACACCGAUGUUUCAUAGUAUGAUUUGCUUAUAUAAAAAUGAUUUGGAGUAGCAAAAUGAUUUUUAUAAAUAUGUAUGUUCAGUUUUUUAUUAAUAGUCCAUAUUGCAUAUGCCUUGGAUGAAAGUUUUUGGCGUUUUUUUUUUU